AUUCCGACAAGGCUGCAUUUUAUCUGUGACCCGACGGCGCUUUCAAUUAUAUUUUUGACAGGCGACACUGUAAGCUUGAAUGAAGUGAGCGGAUCGCCAGGGCGUUUGACAUUCGUUCGUCGCGACAAGCCCCGAGAAACAGAAACAUGGAGCCAGUUAUUUGACCCAGUGACCUCCUCAGCUCGGGAGAAUUCUGGAAGUGUGCUUGUCGAUCACCCUACUCUAUCUCCCGAGUCCGAUGAUGACCAUCGUCAUCCAGGCUGGUUAUGGUCUGGAUCGUCGAAACCAAGAGCCGUGAGCAAUCGGUAUCCAGACAUGCCAAAUGCGCGCCAAUUGUUCCACGGCGCAUGGGGCAUUGAUUUCCAGGAGCAGGUGAUGGGUUCUAGAGAUCAACAC